AUGCCCAUGAUCCCCAACACCAACGCGAUGCAGUCCGGCGUUGCUUCGGACUUGCUGACUUCCGAGCGCGCUCCGGAAAAGUCGGGCGCGGCCGUGCUCACCCAGUCACUCACCACCCCCGUCCCUUCGGCAUUCCAGCUCGACGGCCACACCCCUCAAGCCACUCCUCCUUUGUCGCCUUCUCUUGCGCCCACCACCCCCACGUCCCCCGCCGUUCAACUUGUCCUCGCUGCCGACUUGCUUGCUCGGGAUAGCGCCGUCACAACUUCCGAGGCGACUAUCAAGCUCAACGGCUACCGAUUAACUUUGGGCGAAGUCGUCGCCGCCUCGAGGAGGCACGCCAACGUCACGAUCGACUAUGAAGCCGCCGAGAAGAGAAUCAAGGACAGUGUCGACUUCCUCAAGUCCAAGGUCAGUGUCCUAGUCAGCGUUUUCUUCCCUUGCAGCCCGCGUUCUUCGGCUUGGUGCUACCUACCUCUUGAAGCCAGCAGACGCUGACUUGCCGCUCUCAUGCCUCGUGAUCUCACAUUAUACAGCUCGUCACUUCUGUCUACGGUGUCACGACUGGUUUCGGAGGGGUUAGUCUUCUCGCACGAUUCUCGAUCCCUCCCAAGAUGAAAAAACUGACCAGCCCUCGGUUACCCCACAGUCCGCCGAUACGCGCACCCAGGAUCAUCUCGCUCUUCAGAUCUCCCUCCUCGAGCACCAGCUCUGCGGUGUCCUCCCCACCUCUUUCGACCAAUUUGCUCUCGGGCGCGGUCUCGAGAAUACGCUCCCUCUCGAGGUCGUUCGCGGUGCGAUGCUCAUCCGAGUCAACUCGUUGACGCGCGGUCACUCCGCCGUCAGGAUCGAGGUACUCGAGACGCUCGUUAAGUUCCUCGAGCAGGACAUCACCCCUGUCGUUCCUUUGAGGGGUUCAAUCUCCGCCAGUGGUGAUCUCUCUCCCGUAAGUUGCUUGAUAGGCUCUGACCUAUUUGAGACAGUUAGGGGCUCGAGGCUGACCACCGCGCUUCCCUGCCCUCCAGUUGUCCUACAUCGCCGGUGCCAUUACCGGUCACCCAGACAUCAAGGUUGUGACGUGCAUCAACGGCAAGCCUGAGAUCAUGUUCGCCCCCGAGGCGCUCAAGUUGCACAAUAUCGAUAAGGUCGUCUUGGGCCCCAAAGAGGGUCUCGGUCUCGUCAACGGUACCGCUGUCUCAGCUUCGAUGGCGACGAUGGCGCUCAACGACUCGCACUUCCUUGCCCUCCUCUCGCAAGCUUUGACCGCGAUGACCGUCGAGGCUAUGGUUGGGCAUGCCGGCUCAUUCGACCCCUUCAUCCACGACGUCUGCCGCCCCCACCCCGGCCAAGUCCAGGUCGCUCGCAACAUCCGCACCAUGCUCUCCGGAUCCAAGCUGGCCGUCCAUCACGAGGAGGAGGUGCGCGCUGACGAGGACGAGGGCAUUCUCCGCCAGGACCGAUACCCUCUCCGCUGCUCGGCUCAGUUCGUUGGCCCCGCCGUUGAAGACAUCAUCGUCGCCCACCGCAGUCUCGCGAUCGAGCUCAAUUCGACGACCGACAACCCCUUGCUCGAUGUCGAGAAUGGCAUGAUCCAUCACGGUGGCAACUUCCAGGCCAUGAGUGUAACCGCUGCCAUGGAGAAGACUCGUUUGGCUUUGCAAUGGUUUGGAAAGGGAUCGUACACCCAGAUGACCGAGUUGGUCAACUGCUCGAUGAACCGCGGUCUCCCCUCGUGUCUCGCCGCCGAGGACCCUUCGACGAGCUACCACACUAAGGGUCUCGAUAUUGCGGCCGCAGCCUACACCUCCGAGCUCGGCUUCCUCGCCAACCCCGUCUCGACCCACGUUCAGCCCGCCGAAAUGUCGAACCAGGCGAUCAACUCGCUCGCGCUCAUCUCGGCUCGCAAGACCGCCGAGGCCAACGAUGUCUUGACGCUUUUGAUGUCGACCCACUUGUACUGCGCUCUCCAGGCCCUCGAUUUGCGCUACCUCGAGUUCACUUUCCGCGAGCGUUUCAACCCCAUGAUCCUCGAGUCGCUGCGCUCGACCUUUGGUGGCCUUUUGGACGAGAAGACGGCCAAGGUGCUCGGCGUCAAGGUUGUCGGUGCCAUGUGGCGCCGAUUGGAGACGACGACUUCGGUCGACUUGGUUCCCCGAUGGGUCGAUGCCUACAGUCACGUCACUUCCAUUCUCGUCGAUGCUUUGAUGACCUCCUCCUCGAUGGAGAACCCUCUCCCCAAGAUUUCCGAGUGGAAGAAGACCGGCGCUGAGCAAGCCGUCACCUUGACCUGCGAGAUCCGCGAGUCGUACUGGUCCACUACCUUGUACCCCACUACGCAGUACCUCGGUCGCUCCAAGGCGCUGUACCUCUUUGUCCGUGAGACCCUUGGUGUCAAGGCCCGACGAGGUGAUGUCUUCCUUGGCAAGCAAGAGGCGACGAUCGGUUUGAGCGUCAGCAAGAUCUACGAGGCGAUCAAGUCCGGCAGGAUCAACAAGACCUUGGUCGAGAUGAUGAUGUGA